AGAAACGGGACAGAGACCAAGAGUUUUUUUUUGUGUGUGUGUCUGGUAUAAUCUUCGAAGGAAAUAUGAAACAGAGUAAUACCUUAUCAACCCUCUGUUUUUUAGUCAUCGUAAGCUUCAGUGUUUCUUCAGUUCCCGCACAAACAUGCAUGAAGAGUGGGAGAUUCAGACCCAACAGUACAUACGACGCAAACCGCCGUCUCAUUCUCUCUUUUCUGCCUUCUAAUGUCACGGCUCAAGUCGGCUUCUUCUACAAUGGUUCCGUUGGACAAGAACAGAACCGGGUCUACGCAAUAGGGAUGUGCAUCCCAGGGGCAGCUCCAGAUGACUGUUCAGAUUGUAUCAAGACAGUGUCUGAUCGUUUGAUACAGAGUUGUCCUUACCAGACAGAAGCUUAUUCAUGGCACGGUGAGCCCACGCUUUGCCAUGUGCGCUACUCCAACACUUCUUUCUCAGGAUCUGCAACUAUGGACCCGUCUGAACUGGUGGCCAACACUGAGGAUAUCAACUCAAAUCUAAGAGAGUUGACGGAAAUAUAUAACGGAUUAAUCUUUCGUAUGAUUAAUGCAGCCUCCACAGCAAAAAGCACACCAUCGUCUAGUAACAAUUAUUAUACGGCGGCAAUGGCAGCCGUGCCAGCUUCCGAGAAUAUAUACGCAUUGAUGCAGUGCACGCCUGAUCUUUCUUCUAAUUCUGAUGAUUGUAGAAAUUGUCUCCAAGAAAGCACAAAUGACUAUCAGUUAUGCUGUUCUCAGAAGCAAGGAGGCGUUGUUAUGCGGCCAAGCUGCUAUUUCCGUUGGGGACUGAAAACAUUCUCUAAGGCUUUUGGUAAUAUUACGGUCGCUUCUUCUCCUCCUCAGCCGCAACCUGACAAGAGUAAAAAAGGUCAUAUCGAAAACGCCACAGAGAGUAGAAAAAUCUCAACCGGAGCUUUUGUGGGAAUUAUAUUUUCCAUUGUAGUAGCCGUCUUCAUGGUCAUCAUCCUCUUAGUACUGUUUGCUCGGCGAUCUUUUGUAUGCUUCUCAAGGAAAAAAACAAAUCAAGAAUUUGGUUUUGAUCAAUCUGGUAUUACUGUACAUUCCCUCCAAAUCGACUUUAAGACAAUUGAAGCUGCAACAAACAACUUUGCAAGGAGUAACAAGCUUGGUGAAGGUGGAUUCGGUGAAGUUUACAAGGGUAUGUUGCCUAAUGGAGCAGAUGUUGCAGUGAAGAGGCUAUCGAAAGCAUCAGCACAAGGCGCAGCAGAGUUUAAGAAUGAGGUUGUUGUUGUUGCAAAACUCCAGCAUAGAAAUCUUGUUAGGCUGCUGGGGUUUUGUCUGGAAGGAGAAGAAAAGAUACUUGUUUACGAGUUUGUCCCCAACAGGAGCCUCAAUUACUUCCUCUUUGAUCCUACAAAGCAAGGGCAGUUAGAUUGGACAAAACGGUACAACAUUAUCAUGGGUAUCACUCGAGGAGUAUUAUAUCUUCAUCAAGACUCACGGGUCACAAUCAUACAUCGGGACCUCAAAGCGAGCAAUAUUCUCCUUGAUGCCGAUAUGAACCCCAAAAUAGCUGAUUUUGGAAUGGCAAGAAUUUUUGGGAUGGACCAAAGUGGAGCUAAUACAAAAAGAAUAGUUGGAACACGCGGUUACAUAUCCCCGGAAUACGUGAUGCAAGGUGUAUUCUCAACAAAAUCUGAUGUCUUCAGUUUUGGAGUCUUAGUUCUUGAGAUAAUAUGUGGUCGACAUAACAUAUUCUCCAACGAGUCAGAUACUACAGCUGAGAAUUUAAUCACACAUGUUUGGAGGUUGUGGAGAAACGGGUCACCAUUAGAAAUCGUAGAUCCAACCAUGUCAAAUAAUUUUCAAACCGAUGAAGUGAUACGAUGCAUUCACAUUGCACUCUUAUGUGUUCAGAAAGAUGCAACAGACCGUCCCAAGUUGUCGACAAUCAUGUUGAUGCUCACUAGCAAUACCCAUCUGUUACCUACUCCUAAACCACCUGGAUUCUUGUUUCCAAACGGAAGCAACCAAGAACCAGUAUCAGAGAGCACUGAUGCAACGGUUUCAGAUUUGGAUCCUCGUUGAAGUUCCAUUGAGAAUAUUGUAAAUCUAGUAUGUUAUUCAGAAGUUAUGUAUAUCAAACUUUACUUACAGUCUCUAUCACUUCUUUCUACAUUUGUAUUAUGAGUUCUCUGUUAUGAAAAUCUUCUAAUUUGUAUUUAUGGCUCCAGAA